AUGUACGGGCCCCCUUCGGGAAAGAGCUUCAGGAACAAGCAAAGAGCCCCGUCAGCUGUGCCUCUGCACUGUCCUGCCAUGCCUCUGCUGAGCUCAGUAGCAUCUGUCAGGCCGGGGUCUGGACUGUUGUUUUACCCUCUCAUUUUAACCUUUUACUAUUUUGCCUCCUCAGUUCCUCGAUUGCAGUUUGCCAAUGAUGAUAAACACCUCCUCGCCUGCUGCUCGUUGGAUGGGACAUUGUCAAUCAUGACAUUGUCCCCGCCUCCACCAACUGUAAAGGUGACACUAAAGGGCCAUGCUGGUCCCGUGACUGACUUUGCCUGGUCACUCAGCAAUGACAUCAUUGUGUCCACGUCAAAAGAUGGCACUCUGCGUAUCUGGAACACAGAGGAUGGACGCUGCAUCCGAGAGGUGGCCGACCCAGAGGGCAGUGAGCUGCUGUGCUGCACUUUUCAGCCCAUGAACAACAACCUGACUGUGGUUGGCAACAGUAAACACCACCUGCAGGUGGUGAACAUCUCCACUGGGAAGAAAGUGAAAGGAGGCUCCAGUAAACUCACCGGUCGAGUGCUUUCUCUCUCGUUUGAUGCUCCGGGGAGAAUCCUGUGGGCUGGUGAUGACAGGGGAAGCAUUUUCUCCUUCCUCUUUGACAUGGCCACAGGAAAACUGACCAAAGCUAAGAGGCUGGUGGUGAACGAGGGCAGCUCUAUCUCUAGUAUCUCAGCCCGCUCGUGGAUCAGUCGAGAGGCACGGGAUCCGUCGCUGCUCGUCAACGCCUGUGUCAACAAACUACUGCUCUACAGGGUCGUGGAUAAUGAGGGAACACUACAGCUGAAGAGGAGUUUCCCCAUUCAACACGGAUCCCAACCGCUGCACAGCAUCUUCUGUCCUCUCAUGUCCUUCAGACAGGGAGCCUGUGUUGUCACUGGCAGCGAGGAUGCAUGCGUCUACUUUUUCGACGUUGAGCGCAACACUAAGGCCAUCGUUAACAAGCUGCAGGGCCACAGCGGGCCCGUCCUGGACGUGAGCUUCAACUGCGACGAAAGCCUGCUGGCCUCCUCUGACGCCACCGGCAUGGUGAUCAUCUGGAGACGGGAGCAGAAGUAACCAUGGCAACUCCAAGCUUUCGCUACGUUGGCAACAGCAUCUACUGCGCAGGCUGGCUUGAAUCAUGUGCAAUGAAACUCCUACUGUAAAUGUCAAGAUGACUGUUGUGUUUUGAGUGAGUCUGAACGAAAUCAUGUGGACCAUGAAAGAAACUUGUGUCUUAUCUUUGUUUUAGGGCUGAUUUUUCUGUUUUUGGUUAUGUGGGACGUGGCGCUUGUUUGUGAAAUUCAUUAGUGCUUUGUGGUCAUAAAUGUGCAACUUAAGAGAGGAGAUGUUAAUAUAAUACUUUGUUCACCUUUGUGCUUUGUGUGUCUUAGAGUGAGUGUGUGAGAAUGAGAACGUUGAGUCAGCGUGAA